AUCUAUACAUGUAUAUAUUUACACAUAUAGGAAGUGCAAAUAUAUUUGAGGAAAUGUUAUCUAAUUUUCCUCAGGACUCGAUACUUUGAAUUCAUGUAACGUGAUUGGCAUUGACUCGCAAUUAGGAAUCUUUGUGACAACAGUCGUACACAGCGGGAGAGCACGAGCACACAUUUAACAACGAUGGCGGCAUUAUUCCGCAUGAAUUGCAUGCAGGGUCUGCGCCGAGGGUUAGUUUUGAUGUCGCCCAAGGAGACGAUAUGUCGCAGGAUAACGACGACAUCGGGCUUAUAUGACGGCGCCAAGGAGGAGACAAAGCCUGUCAAGAGGAAGUGGGUGAGUUACGGCUUCAGCUCCGAGAACGAGGCGGAGGAUCAGCAUGCUCUGCAUCAGACCAUGUUCGUCACCGUGACCAUAGUGAUGGUGCUCGGGAUAACCGUCAUGGCCUAUCUACCUGAUGUCAGAAAUAAGGACUGGGCGCAACGAGAGGCGUACCUGCAAAUCCGUUACAGAGAGGAGCACGGACUUCCUUACGUCGAUCCGAAUUUGAUUGAUCCAUCAAAAAUAGUAUUGCCGACCGACGAGGAACUAGGUGAUACAGAGAUUAUCAUUUAAACAUAAAUACGUUUCAACAACGCUUAGAGAAUGUUGAUUAAAGGAUUGAGUGUUGUUACUGUCUAUCUAUAUUCACUUAGUACUUGUUAUGUUAAUAAUUGAGGAUAACAUGUAAUAAACUGUCCGAGUGGAUAAAAAUUUCUUCUCAUUUUGGAGAUCAAGCUCACAGUUUUGGAAUCUUUAGGCUUUAUGGUCAAUUAAAACAAAAUGCUCUGGAUACAAAACUUGUAUAUUUUAUAAUUAAUUAGCAUAUGUACCAAUGAUAAUUAUUCGUAAUUAAAAUUACAAAUAAUAUAU